GCUGAUUGGUGUCCAAAAAGUUCGCCGCCGUUGUCGCUCACAGCACAAGACGCCUACACCAACUGGCUGUACAAAAAGCGUAAAACGAGCCAUUUCCCUUCUCCCCUGUCCUCCUGAGAGCGUUAUAUUUCGUACAUUUUGAAAAGAGAUUCGUCGUCAUCGUCGUCCCGGUACCGUACAAGUUGACCGUCCGACAUGGAGUCAAUGGUGAGCCCAUAUCCGCCAGCCCCCUCCUUUGGCUUGCACAACCAGCAACAGCAGCAGCAGGAUGCAGGUGAAAUGGAUCCCUAUUUAGCCGGAUUCCAAGCAGGUGCUGCUGCAGCUGCCGCGGCUCGUGCGGCUGCUACAGCAGCGAGAAACAAUACGCACCAAAUGCCGCUCCCACCGCCACCACCUGCUCAACCUACCCAUAAUCCCGCCGUGUCCUCUCAAGGGCCUACAAACGCUAUUGAAUAUCACAUUGCCGCAGCUGCUGCCGCCGCUGCAGCAGCUGCAGCUGGGCGCUAUCCUUCGCAGCCUCCUCACUGGACGUUCGCCUCCCAAGCCGACUUGAUGCCUUUAGGACCCAACUCUCAUUCGCUCCUUACAACAUCUAUCCCUUCCACCUUGUCCACCUAUGGCUACGGUUCUCUGCCUGCAACGAACGAAAUGGAUCCCUUUAUGAGCAGCUUUACAACUGUUCCUGCGUCUGAUGCGACAAAUGCUACAGCCAAUUUCUCGUAUCUCGACACAUUGAACAUUGAGCAAGACUUUACGCUGCUCACGAAUCAAAUUUUGGAUACGCCGGAAGACCACAUUAAAUCGGAUAUACAAGCAAUGUCAGAUGAGCUGGGAUUUGUUACUGAUAAGCCUUCUCGCUCUUCGAAAAAGUCGAAACGUAAGGCAUCCAUGGACUCUUCAGCUGGGGAUGUACCCGAGCAACAGGUGGAUACAACAGUUCAGCAGAGUAAGAAGAAAAAGAGCAGCAAAAAGACGGAUGGCGAGGGCGAUACGAAAUCGAAGCGAAAGAGUCGAUCGAAAAGCGUUUCAAAACAUAAUUUGCCGACAACUCUUGUCCAAAUGCCUGAAACAUCGGUAGCCACCACUGCACAAUUGAUGACUGCGACAACAGCAACUGCCCCAGCUGCGGAAGCGGUUUCUCCCAUUGAAGUUGCUACAGCUUCCAGCCCUAUUGAGGAAAACACGUCCCCGUCGGUCUCCACUUCAGCACAGAGCCCAGGUUUGGGUUCACCCACCGUUUUGUCACCGGGUGUUCAGGUGGGAAUGUCACUUCCUCCUGGCCCGAACGCCGUUUUCAUGGGCGCGCCAGCUCCUGCAGUGAAUCCGCUUAUGCCACAGGUCGGAUCUGUGGCUCAAGUGUAUCCUUUUGGCUUACCUCCAACACCUACCGGCGUUCCGCUUGCACAGGAGGGCGGACCCAUCAAGAAUGCAGUAAAUGUUGUCACACCUGUGACUCAUAUGCAGACUCCUGAUUUCACCCAAUCCCCUCCAUCCACUACUUCCCCCAUCGGCCAAAACGGUGAUCUGAAAGUUCCGAUCACACGUCUUGUCAAGCCUCGGCCAAGUUCACAACAGAUUGCAGCGCAGAUGAUUAAACACCAACGCAAAGUCGCACAUAAUGCUAUCGAGCGUCGAUACCGUAAUAACAUCAAUGACCGUAUAACUGAGCUCCGUCUGGUGGUACCGGCGCUUAAUGGGCCAAAGGUUCGCGAUGCCAAGGGCAGCAAACGACGUGUAAAUGGUGAAGCGAUGGAUAGCGAUUCGUCCUCCAGUGAUGGAGAGGAAGAAAUUAUUGACGGCGUUUCCGCCGCCAAGAAGUUGAAUAAGGCAACAAUCUUGAGAAAGUCUACAGAGUACAUCCUGCACUUGAAGGCUUCGAAUCAGCGCUACAUGGAGGAAAAUCACCGGUUACGAUCAAUCAUUGAGUCUAUGGGUGGAAGCGAGUUGUUACGAAAGAUAUCUCUCGAGUCUCAUGCUCAGCAACUGCAGCAGCAGGCAAAAUCUCACAUCGACCAUCAAACUGGGCAGGCAACGGAGGAAGUUGUUCCUCACUCUUCAGAGUCUUCUGCAUCCUCCGGGUCGCCGUCACCGCCGCCGUCUUCUCCAGACUUACCCAUGGACAAUGGGCAAGGUAUGCGAAUGAUGGCAAUGAUGAUGAUGUGUGCCUGUGUCCUCUGGGCUCCAAGCCCCUUCGAAGGUGGACAUCACUCGCAUACACAGGGCAAAGUCAUCGGCCACCCCCUGGCUCUUUCCGGCGGAGAAUGGUGGCUGAAUCUCUGGGCCAUCAUCAAAUUCGUAUUCCUUGUCGUGUGUAUGACGCAAGUCGUAACGAAUGUUGGACCCAAGCGACGCAAGGGUGUGGAUGCGUCUGUAGCGUCCGCGGCUGCGGAGGCCGUGAGAAUUGUGGAAGACGAGCGGAAGGUGUCAUAUGGAGAGGUCGCGGGGCUUUUGGGUGGUUUGGUUGGCAAAGAAAUCCCAAGUGGAAAUGGCUUGGGUCUGUGGGGCCGUGUGAUACUGGAAGCUCUGAGAUAUGCUGGGUAUGGGAUGUUGUGGGGAUCUAAAGAAGGCGAAGAGGGUCGAUACUGGGCAGGUGCUGCAAAGAUUGCUGCAAAGGUGCUGGAGACCGACCUUGCCGGAUCCAACCCCAAUACGAGCCCGCUUCUGAAACUUUACAUAACACUACAGGCCUGGAAUCUUACGAAACGCGCCAAAGCCCAUCACCAUUCUCCGCAACAGAUCGCAGCACUACAGGUGCUCAGCAGUCUUCAGCUUCGCAUCGCCUCACGAACACUCCGUAUACCCUUCCUCAGUCGUGCAUCCGAGAAUCUGUUCACCAAAGGCGUGAAAUCUCUGCAUCAGACACCGGUCCCCCGGCUAGCAUGGCUCACGCAAAUUCCUAAUGAAGUCCUUUUGAGCUCGUUCAACGGUUCAUGGACAACAUACCAGCAAUUUUAUGCAUCUGUUCUUACAUCUGCCUUACCCGGGUGUAUCCACCAGCUCUUGCCUUCUCCAACCAAAAGUUCUCCAGCACCCCCGAUCUUGUACACGUCUCCAACCACGUUAAGUCUCCACUGCCUGGCACACAACAAACGUAUUCCACCGCAACUUUUGCAAUCAACUCCCCCGGUGAUUGCACUCGCCAUAAUGCUCUACCUGACCGCCUGCACAAAAGGCGACAUGAAGAAGUUCUCUAAAGCGCUUUUGACACUCCUUGACCAAUCAGAAGGGACCAAAAGAAGCUAUUUGGAUCAUGUUGGAGAGUUUUUGGCUCUGCGAUGGGUUGUGGAAGGUUUGGCAGUUGGUAAUGACGGGGAUGUGGAAUUGGAAAAAUGUCUAGGAAAAGUUCGAAAGAGGAUGCGAAGCUCUUUGGUGAACUUGGUAGAUGGGAUGGGAGGCGAGGCUUUUGUACGCGUUUUUAGGGGCGUUUGGGAAAAAUAAUGUGGUGUUGAUGCAGUAGGUUUCUCAUUUUCAUAAGUAUAUAGUUUUUGGUUUACCCUCUCUCUCGUUUUUUUCUUUUGUUGUAAUAUUAAUGAGAUUUUAUCACACUCUAUUGUGCUGCACAUCUCUGGCCGAAAUGUCAGGGGAAUGGUUCACACAAAAACAUGGUUCAAGAGUUGUGAAAAGAAAAGAAUAGAAGCAUAAUAAUAAGAUAAAUUACAGAUGAUC